GGUUCCUUUGGAGGCUUUUUUAGUGUACUGAUAGACACAUUAGUGUUGCUCCAUCCUUUCUGAUCUACUUUUCUUCAGUCUUCCACUUCCAGACUAAUCAGACGUUUGCUGGUGAUGAAUUUAUUGUGAGAAAGUCUCUAAGGCUAUAAGACAUUAAUCCAGAAAGGGACUAGAGGUUUCACAUGCUUGCACUUUUAAGAGAAUCUCUUUGGAUUAAAACACAAUGUUAGCAUCUAAUAAAACACUUUCCGUAAUAAGAGCAGAGACAUGCCCACUCACAUGUAAACAGACUUCUUUGCCAAAAUGAAAAUGUCCGCCAAUCAACUCAAAAGUUUCUGUGUCAUGUGACCUCGUACGGAUUCUAGUUUAAAAAGGAGAUAACUCUAUGGUCAAGGCCUACUGUCCGUCCCAUUGCCCAAUUUUCAUUCAAUAGCAUCAGCUACGAAAAAGUUGCAAUAUGGAUUUUAGGCUAUGUGUAGAAAAAGAUGAAAGUUGUACAUUUGUUUUAGACAUGUAUCUCUCACUAAUCAAAUUUUCUUCCGUUUCAGCAUUGUACACUUUUUUUCUUAAUCUUACACUUUCUGAACAUCAGUUGUACACUUUUUCAUGGGCUGGGGUUGGCAGCUCUGCUUACUUACCGAAACAAACAGAAUACUGCAAACUGCGAAUAAUUUUUUUAGGGUUAUAUAUAGUGUCUUUCCCAAGAACACACUGCAAUGACCCCCCACCCAAAUAAAAGCCUUGCCACUGACAUGACAUUUAAUUUGCUUGACUCACCUGAACUCACCAACCACUCAAGCCACUGGAACACCCCCUGCCCCCCAUUAAGUUUAGACCCAUGAUAAAAAUGUUUGCAGUAUGUUUGUUCCCAUUUUUUAUAAUUAUACAACUUAAUUUCAGUUUCUGGUGGACAUGAAAAUGCGAUUAGAACAUGGCUUUACCACCAUUAUCAGUCAAUGUCCCAAGAUCACAAGGUCAACUCAAGGGUCAUCUCAUGGCAAACUGUUUAUCAACACAACAUCUGGUCACUUUGUGUGUGAACACUGCAACAAACAAGGGGCAUGGACAGAUCUGGUGGACAACUUGCUCUUACUGAAGACACAAAGGAGAAAGUCCACUUUUACCUGCUUCAAAGACUUGGACACUGUCAAACCAUUCCUGGAGGAAAAUAAUCAAGCCAAAGAAGUCUGGAGUAGUUGUCUCCCGUUUGGUGCUCUUCAAGAAGAAGUGGUCACAAAAGUGAAGGAAGCCUUUGAUCUAGAGACAAUCAAGACGAGCACCUUAGAUGCCUUUGAUGUCCGAUGUGAUCCGAAGAACUUGCACAUCGUAUUUCCCGUCAUUGCCUUCAAGAAUGUCACGAGCGUGAAGCGCCUCAUUUGUCAGGCCACUAGCGACGACACCACUGGUACCAUCAAGGAAUCAUACGUUCCCAGGACAGGUCCAUCCUUUGUGUUUGGUCUGGACACUGUGCGGCAGGGCGUGACGGAGGUCGUGCUGACCACCUCUGAGCUAGACGCCAUGGCAGUGACACAGGAGACGAACAAACCGGCCAUUGCUCUGCCCCGCGGGUACAGCUCCUUGCCGCAGGAGGUGUUGCCAAGUCUAGAGAGGUUCAGGACUAUAGUGCUGUGGUUCGGAGAUGAUGUGCGGGCUUGGGAGAUGGCCAAGCUUUUUUCCAAAAAACUCAACAGUCGUAGAUGUCACAUCAUUAGGCCAAGCCUGGACGAGCCAGGUCCGUUCACUGCUCUGACCCAAGGCCUGAAACUGUCGAGUGUGCUAAACAAGUCGCGGCCAGUCACGCACGAGUCCAUCGUCAGUUUCUCACAGCUCAGGCAGGAAGUCUUGUCUCAGCUUUUGCACUCUGACCAAGUGGCUGGGGUCAAGUGGAAGAGAUAUCCGGCCUUGAACAAAUACUUGAAGGGUCACCGGCGGGGGGAAUUGACCGUGUUCACCGGACCCACCGGCUCAGGAAAGACGACGUUUAUAAGUGACUACUCUCUGGAUCUCUGCAUGCAAGGGGAGAAACCUGUCGAAGAGACUGGACCUGUUUGACCAGUACGCUGACCAGUUCCAGCUCUUGCCCAUGUACUUCAUGACCUUCCAUGGACAGGAGAGCAUCAAGAAAGUCAUCGAUGCCAUGUCACACGCUGUGUACGUUCACGACAUCGCCCAUGUAGUGGUGGACAACCUGCAGUUCAUGAUGGGCGCCGGUGGUUCCGAGUGGACCGACCGCUUCAUGAGGCAGGACUCCAUUGUUGCAGCGUUCAGGAAGUUUGCCACCAACAUGAACUGCCACGUCACUCUAGUCAUACAUCCUCGUAAGGAGAAAGAGAGCGAAGAUCUGACCACGGCGUCCGUGUUUGGGUCGGCCAAAGCCACUCAGGAGGCAGACAAUGUGCUGAUCCUACAGGACAAACGUCUGACCUCUGUGCGGGGUCGCAAAUACUUGCAAAUCACAAAGAAUCGUUUUGAUGGUGAGCUGGGCCUGAUGCUGCUGAAAUUUGAUAAAGAGUCCCUCAGCUUUGCCUCAAAGGAGAAAGAAAAAGCGCCAGCAAAGAAAGCAGCAAGAGAGGAAGAUGAGGAGGCAGACAAAGAUGUCGGCAGCGGUGAAACAGUCAGAGCUGAAAGAGAACCAGGUGCUGAGGUGGAGGAGGAAGAAGAGGAUGAAUUAUGACACGGCUGUCGUAGGAUAGAAUUGGCUUAGUUGUUUUCUUAUUGUAUGUGUAUAUUUGUGUGGAAGAGAGGAUGUGUGAGAGAGUAUGUGUAUAUGAAUGUAUGUGUG